AUGCUACACCAUAAGUUCGUAUACCCAUUUUUAUUCAAGUGGCACUUAUCAUGUGUAGAAAAGUGUCCCCCACAAAUCACUUUUAUAGCUAAGUAUGCUACAGCGAACGAUAAAAAUGGCAAUAGAAAACUUACGAUAAGGGAUGAACAAUGGCCUGAGUUGGCAGAUCCAACUCCCUAUGAUAUUUUUGGCAUUCCAAAGGCCGGAUCUGGAAAUCCUAAACUGGACAAGAAGUCGUUAAAAAAAAAAUAUCAUCGUUAUGUAAAAUUGUACCACCCUGACCAUUCCGAUAACAUUCAAAUAUUUAGCUCAGAAAAGGUUACCAACAGUGAUAGUAAAUCACCGCUGCUGCUAACAUCAAGCGAAAAACUACAUAGAUUUAAAGUCAUCUCUCAAGCAUAUGAUAUUCUUUGUGACCCAAAGAAAAAGAUCGUAUAUGACACAACGAGGCAAGGCUGGACCACAUCGUAUUCACCACGUUCUAACGUUAAUACUGAAAAUUACCAAUAUGCCGGCUCUUAUGGCUACCACUCUAACGCGCAGUAUGAAUACUGGAACGCUGGGACUUGGGAAGACGCAAAUAGCAUGAAAAACGAAAGAAUUCAAGAAAACAUCAACCCAUGGACCGUUAUUGGCAUAAUUUGUGGCCUAGCUAUAUGCAUCGAAGGGACUGCGUUGUUAGCCAAAAUCCAGGAGUCUCUGAGCAAGGCCGAAUUUACUCAUGACGAAAGUGGAUUACAUUUGAUUCAGUCAUACACGAAUUAUGGUCUUGAUACUGACAAAUUUUCCAGAUUGAGGCGGUUCUUAUGGUUUAGAACUUGGGGACUUUACAAGUCGAAAGAGGAUUUAGAUAGAGAAGCCAAGAUCAAUGAAGAAAUGAUACGCAAACUGAAAGCAGCUAAAUGA